AUGGACGUCAAGUCACCCGCCGAACUCACGAUGCAGUACCGAAUCCACGACCUUGAGCGCCGUAUCACGCAACUACAAAACCAGGACGCACAGCAUAAGAGUCAUAUCAAACGGCUUGAAGAUGACCUGGAAGCUACGCGCUCGGAGAGUAUCGUGAUCGCUCAAGCAGUUCAGUUACAGCGCCAGGGCACUGGUCGAGCUGCUCGGGUAGAUAGGGGCAUUGGGGCUGCAUUGGUGGACACGCAGGGAGCCGAAGGACUGCAGGAGAAACUUCUUAUUAAGGAGGUAGAGCUACAGAAAACACGGACGGCGGUCGAAGUGGCGAACAGGCAACAUAGGGAGGAGCGACUCGAGUCGGAAGCAGUGCGCGCCCAGCUCGCUUCGGCCGCUACAGAACUUGACAUUGCGCGUGCAGAACGUGAUAACGCAGCCCGACAACUAUCUACUAUUCGAACCGACAUGGACGGUCUACGCACAGAACAUUCCACUUGUGGUACAUCGCAAGAUGAUUUGAGGCGGAAGCUAGAAUCCGCUUCUAUGGCCUACAAUCGCGAGAUUGCAGACUUGAAGGCAGCUAGCGCUCAGGAGUGUGCGGCCCUAGAACGUGUCUUGGCGGAACAACAAACGGCGUCUGAGCAUGAUUUCAUUCAAGCCCAAGCUCAAACGGACCGCUUGACGGCCGAACUCUUCGCUAAAGAUGCUGAGCUGGAGGAACUCCGAGACCGCAUUACUGCCCUUCAACGUCGAGCUGUAAAGCUUGAACCGCCCGCGCCAACUCAAACGAAUGCACAGCCACCCGCUCCUCACACAGGCUCCUCGAAUAAACCACGGAGGGAAAUCAUCGACAUCUUGACGGAUAGUGACGAUGAAGUCGGCAAACCAGUGGCGCACAACCCCUUGCGGCCAGCAUCUGCGGUAGAAACACUUGGCGGUGUGAAAACAGAAGACGGUGCACCCUCAACUUCGACACCAGGCACGGCGUCUAAACCGCGCGAUUCGCGCGAUUCUCUCAACGAACACAAGACGAUCAAACGUGCCAUGGACGAUGAAGAAGUGGAAGUCGAUACGUCGGCGUCGAAACCGUCGAAGCGUUUCAAGAAAUCGCCCGCAACGAGCAAAGCGGACGCCUUUGGUCUCAAUGAGACGACAGCUCUACGCGCCACUCUCGUCCCGACAUUGAAUGAACGCGUAUCAUCCAUUGCUCCUAUCUCUUUCGACGGUCUUGAAGAUGAACAGGCCUUUGACGCAUCUUCAUUGACCGGCUGGGUGCGUCGGGAGCUUAUCACCGCCAACUACAAAGCUUCGCCACAAAGCUUCCAUACUACGCUCAAAUACUUACCGAACGAGGAUGAGAAGCUGAAGCGACGAGCCAUAUUUGCGGGUAUAGACCAGAACCCUGGUCUCCCGCAGUACCCUGGCCACCCCGGAACUCUCAUCGCUAGUCGCAAAGAUAUUCUUCUCAAUGAGCCGAUCUCGCUCUUUGUACGCGCGGCAGGAUUAUCGAAUCCACGUUGGAAGUACAUGGGCGCGUAUGAGGUCGAAGUGAGCGAUCAGCCCAUCACUCCCGAAGAAUGGGCUGUAUUGCCCGAUUCGACACGCGAUGCCUGGGCCAAAGCGCUUUCCACUCUUCAGUCAUGGGAAGAGUAUCUGCAACCACUCGUUCGUAUGGCUUAUCGGCGAGAAGGCACACAAAUCACGGAUGCUACCGUAGCUGAAGGUGUAGCCCGUAUGAAAGCGAUCAAGAAGAAGGGUGGCGUCAUUCCAAAAGACCUGCGGUUGACUCAUGAUGAAGUUCUCGCUGCGCUCGAUCGAGGAGAUGAGACCAUAGAUGUGGUUAUGCUCAGGCCACUGACGAUCGAUAUGCUGCUAUACAAAGAGCUAUGGGACCUCCAAACCGGUGCUAUCUCCAAGAAUCCUAGACUCCCACCUCCUGGCAAGAAGUCGAAGAACAUGACGUCUGCUCCACGCCGCAGUUUUGGUCGUAGCGUGAGCACAAGCUCGGGCCUUGCAACCGACACAACUUCGGCAGUGCGACGGCGAAGCACGCGUCGUUCGAACGUUCAACAGAGUUACUGCGAGCCUGACUCAGACAUAGAGGAGAAUAACGACGAUCCAUCUUCCGAGGAUACUGACUGA